CUGCGCUCACUCCCCAGCGGGGGCCCGGGGAGCCUCCAGGCGGAGCGGCUCCCGCCCGCCCUGAGCAGCGGCCUCCGCAUGGAGGGGCCGCUUGCUCCACUAACGGGGUCGGGGCCGCUGCCGCCACCGCCGCCGCUUCGGGGAGGCGGAGCCGCCGCCGUUCCGGAGCCCGGAGCCCGGCAACACCCCGGACACGAGACGGCGGCGCAGCGGUACAGCGCCCGUCUGCUGCAGGCCGGCUACGAGCCCGAGAGCAGCAUGGCGGACUACCUGAUCAGCGGCGGCACCGGCUACGUGCCAGAGGAUGGGCUCACCGCGCAGCAGCUCUUCGCCAACGCCGAUGGCCUCACUUACAACGAUUUCCUGAUUCUCCCAGGAUUCAUAGACUUCAUAGCUGAUGAGGUGGACCUGACUUCAGCCCUGACUCGGAAGAUCACCCUGAAGACGCCACUGAUCUCCUCCCCGAUGGACACUGUGACAGAAGCCGACAUGGCCAUUGCCAUGGCUCUGAUGGGCGGUAUUGGUUUCAUUCACCACAACUGCACCCCGGAGUUCCAGGCCAACGAGGUGCGGAAGGUCAAGAAAUUUGAACAGGGCUUCAUCACGGACCCCGUGGUGCUAAGCCCCUCACAUACUGUGGGUGACGUGUUGGAGGCCAAGAUCCGGCAUGGCUUCUCUGGCAUCCCCAUCACGGAGACAGGCACCAUGGGCAGUAAGCUGGUGGGCAUUGUCACCUCCCGAGACAUUGACUUUCUUGCCGAGAAGGACCACACCACCCUCCUUAGCGAGGUGAUGACGCCACGGAACGAGCUGGUGGUGGCUCCUGCCGGUGUAACCUUGAAAGAGGCAAAUGAGAUCCUGCAGCGCAGCAAGAAAGGGAAGCUGCCUAUUGUCAACGAUCGUGAUGAACUGGUGGCCAUCAUUGCCCGCACUGACCUGAAGAAGAACAGGGAUUACCCUCUGGCCUCUAAGGAUUCCCACAAGCAGCUGCUGUGUGGGGCGGCCGUGGGCACCCGGGAGGAUGACAAAUACCGCCUGGACCUGCUCACCCAGGCAGGCGCCGACGUCAUAGUGCUGGACUCCUCCCAAGGGAACUCUGUGUAUCAGAUCGCCAUGGUGCACUACAUCAAGCAGAAAUACCCCCACCUCCAGGUGAUUGGGGGGAAUGUGGUGACAGCGGCUCAGGCCAAGAACCUGAUUGAUGCCGGUGUAGACGGGCUGCGCGUGGGCAUGGGCUGUGGCUCCAUCUGCAUCACCCAGGAAGUGAUGGCGUGUGGUCGGCCCCAGGGCACUGCCGUCUACAAGGUGGCUGAGUAUGCCCGGCGCUUUGGAGUGCCAGUCAUAGCGGAUGGUGGCAUCCAGACCGUGGGGCAUGUGGUCAAGGCCUUGGCUCUGGGAGCCUCCACAGUGAUGAUGGGCUCCCUGCUUGCUGCCACCACGGAGGCCCCUGGCGAGUACUUCUUCUCCGACGGGGUGAGGCUCAAGAAGUACCGGGGCAUGGGCUCCUUGGACGCCAUGGAGAAGAGCAGCAGCAGCCAGAAACGAUACUUCAGUGAGGGGGAUAAGGUGAAGAUCGCACAGGGUGUCUCGGGCUCCAUCCAGGACAAAGGCUCCAUUCAGAAGUUCGUGCCCUACCUCAUAGCGGGGAUCCAACAUGGCUGCCAGGAUAUCGGCGCCCGGAGCCUGUCCGUCCUGCGGUCCAUGAUGUACUCAGGAGAGCUCAAGUUCGAGAAGCGGACCAUGUCGGCUCAGAUCGAGGGCGGCGUCCAUGGCCUGCACUCCUAUACCUUUCUGCCGUUUACGAGAAGCGGCUGUACUGAGGAUGGUGGUGGAAGCUGGGGCAGUGGAGGGGGUGCGCCCCAGGGUGCCCCUUUGAGCACCGCCUCCCUCCAUAACUGAGUGGUCCAUAGAUUUGCACUACGGAUUCCGCAGCUCCUUUCCAGGGAGAGAGGAGGGGAGCCCCUGAGGGUCUGUGGCCCCCUCCUGGCCAACCCCUGCAGAGUUCGGACUGCUCCCAGGGCUCGGCUGCCCUGGGGGUCCCCCUAGGUUCCCCCUCCUUCAGUCCCCCUGAGCCUAGCCAGCCUGGGCUCUCAGGCCAUGUGCCUGCCUCAGGUCUUUCUCGCUGCAGCCUGCUCCGGCCUGGCGCCCACCCCUGGGGCAGGUGGCCCCUCCUGGCUUCUGUAGGGCACCUCCCUCCCCACCCCCCACCCCAGAAAUGGUGCUCUCCUGGCCCUGCCUCUGGCCUUUCUUGGGCUGCUGCCCCCUCAGCCAUGUGGCACUUCUGGGCUCCUGACCUAGGCCAGAGGGAGGUCUCUGCCCCCUUCCCCUGGCCCUAGGCUACUCGGGCCGGCUCCUCAGGCCGCUGCCCCCACCCCCACCCUUGGCCCUGGCCCUGGAGAGGAGGCUGCCCUUCAUUCCUGACUCACCGUCAUCCCCAGGUGUACCAUUCCUGCCCUCUCCUCUCAGCUGCAGUCGAAGGCUUUAACUUUGCACACUUUGGGGUCACAGUUACGUCAUUGUAUAUUAAAUAAUCGGAAUAAAUCAAGAGGUCUUAAUACCUCUCCAUCCUG